CCCUGAGCAGCUGGCUCAAUGACUGGCUACCCCUUUAGGGAAGAAAUUUACCCUGAUACCCAGCCUAAACUUCCCCUGGUACAACCUGACACUGUUACUUCUUGUCCUGUCACUUGUUACCUGGGAUGAGAGACCGACUGAUCUAGCCUCCUGUCAGGAAGUUGUAGGGAAGCAAAAUUGUAACAGUUGCUACUUACCAGGAGUUUCUUGGUAUCUCUGAACUUCUGAAUUAGGCAGGAGGAGACAGGAACUCGGGUUUGGGAAUCUGAACUUGUAUAUGACUGUGUUUCAUCUCAGCUUCCCUGCCUGCGGAAUGGGGAUAACCUGGGCUUUCCUCUUGGAGCAUUUCCAAACCUUUUUACAUCUCCCAGGUGUGAGUUGUUUUAUAUAUCUGAGCUCUUGACCCACUUCCCUGCUUUUUGCAGUUGAAAACAAAGUGAUACCAUAACUAUGUACUGAAGAAAUUUUAUUUGACGUGGAUUAUCUCUUCGCUAAAUUUUCUCAACUGGCUUUCAGAAUGAGAUAAACAUUUGCUGUCUGUGCAGGAUAGCGAGAUUGGGCUUUCCUUUUUUGUACCCUUGGUUCUCUUGCAUUUUAUGUUUCUCCAGAGGAGGCUGUCAUUUCUGUGUACUAAAACCCUAACUCAUCCUGUCCAGCUGUCUUUCUGUCACAAGCAAGUCUGUUGCUUGUAAGCACACACAGUGGGAGGGGAAACUCCUACCUGAGGCAUGUGCUGACAUGCAGCUUCCCCGAGCCAGGGCAGACGGAGCAGGCUCCGGGAGGCAGCAAACCUGGACAGUUUGUGGAGAGAAGAGAAGAUACCAAACCUGAGAGAAGAGAAGCUACAAGAAGAAAAGACAUCUGAGGAUCUGAUUCACAAGUUCAUUCUAGAUGACAUGGACGUAGGGAAAAGAAAAAUGGAGGAACAGCAGAAAAAGGAUGAAUCUGUAGUUCUGAAAGGGAACCAAGACUGUUUUCCUGAACAUCUCUCGGAUUCCGAGAAUGAAGAACCAUUCCAGGGCAAGCAAACACAUCGGUCAGCUUUUGUUUCCAAGACCAGUGCCUACUCCUUUGCUCUCCUUUCAGGGAAUUUAAUCUCCAAGGUGGAGAGGAGUCAGAGCUGCAAUGACACCAUUCAGGAGAGAUCCAAGAGCAGGCAGAGAUCAGCCCCAGCCAUCAAAACAAAGGUGCUGCCCACCACAGGCGCGUCGACGCCGCUGCUCGGGGUGCUGUCGUCCACGCAGAACAACCGCUGCCUGUCCGCCCCGGACCUGACGGCCGAGAAGCGCCUGGUCCUCAACGCCGUGUCCUCCCUGUCAGCCCUGCACAGGCCGGAGCGAUCCAUCAGCCCCGAGAGCAACGACAGCAUCUCGGAGGAGCUCAACCACUUCAAGCCUAUCGUCUGCUCCCCAUGCACUCCCCCAAAGAGGCUUCCCGACGGCAGAGUCCUGAGCCCCCUCAUCAUCAAAUCCACCCCCAGAAACCUGAACCGGAGCCUGCAGAAGCCAACAACCUAUGAGGCCAGUCCUAGAAUACUGAAAAAAUGGGAGCAGAUAUUUCAGGAGCGUCAGAUCAAAAAGACUCUCUCUAAAGCAACCCUUACAUCCUUGGCUUCAGAGCCUGGGGAAGACAUUGUGGUUCCUGAUAUCACCAGCUCCAACAGUUGCACUAAGGAGCAGCCACAAGUGCAGGAUGAUCACAGUCCACCUGACGCAACAGGAGAGCCUCGCCCUGAGCUGGAUUUCUUCCCUUCCGUCAGUGAAAUGAAGCUGGGAAGAGGGAGUGAGAAGAACAGAGGUUCACAGGCCUUAACCACUGAUGACAGUGCUGCUGAACCAGAUGUGAGAUCAAAUGUAACCUCCCUAAACAUAACCUCCCUAAACACACGAGUGGCUGAAGUCCCUGAUCUAAAAGUGAAUACAUUCACGGACAAAUCCUGCCUUAGUCUAGGCCCAAAAAUGCUGAGCAGAAGACUCAUGGGCGUCAGCGCAUCGCUGCCUGACAGCAGCACGCUCGGAGUCCCCAUCAAGCCAUCGGGGAAAAAGCAGCUGAAGUACCUGAACAACAGCGAGUUGAUCAACGUACAGAACAGCACCUGCAAUUCUGUGGGGAACAUCAUCGGGGAACAGCCGCCGCUGCUGCGACGGGGCCGCAAGAGACGCUGCAAAACAAAGCACUUGGAGCACAACGGCUCCGUCAAAAGACUGAGGCACGUGGCAGGGGAGGUGGGCCUGCCUCCGGAGGUUCGGGACGUGGAGCAGAAGCUCCAGCAAGAGGAGGAGGACAGGAGGUUGGCCCUGCACCUGCAGCGGAUUUUCGACAGCGAGAACAGGACAGUGGAUAGGCGGAAAGUCCGUGUGGAUCGGUAUCUGCUGCGGUCCAAGAGCACUCUGGGUGCCAAGUAGCACUGCUGGAUGAUGUUGCCUUUCUAGAGGACAAUGAGAUUUAUCAGAUUAUCUUAUAGGAAAACUAUUUUUUGCCCUAGUUCCACCCACGCAAUUGUUUUUCUGUUUCGGUGGUAAGACAUUUCUAGGUCCAGUUCAGAGAAAAGCCAGCGUCCUUUCAGAUUUAAAAAAACAAAAAGAGAGAGAGAAUGAGAAAAAAAGUCCUCCGGUCCUCUCUGGUCCUUUGGUCUGAAGGAAUUGUCUGUCAUCCCUGUGAAUACACUGCAAGGCCUCCACACACAGCCUGGCACACCUGGGGUCCCCAGCUAGGAGUGUUGUGACCAUGGGGUAUGAGGACCAUCCCUUGCCAAGGGAAAUCUGAGCUCUGCUCAUGGAAAUUGUCUGAGAGUCUUCUCCUUUCUGCCUGCCCCAUUUUCUCCCUCAGGCUGCCUCUGGUUGUGGGGUCAGCCUCUUAUCUGUGCUCUGUAUUUCUUCUGGGGAGUCCUAAACAGAGUCCCCCCUAGCACUUCCGAAUGAAUGUAUCUCACUGUCUGCAGCAGCAGUACAGAUCAUUCAUCACUUUCUUGAAGCAGAAAGCCAAAUGCAGUGAAAAGACAUAAAAUAAGGAUUUUACUGAAAAAAAUGGUAGGAAUUUGUAAUUUCAUGUUCAUGACAGGGGAGAGAGCCCAGCUGGAGCAACACGCUGAGCACUGUGAGCUUUUCUCCCAGUGCAUGUCUUUUCCAAACCAAGAGGGUUUCCUGCUUUUCCCUAUAGUGUUCAAGAAAGGGAGAUGCUGGCCAGGGAGUUUCUGGAAGGACAUUCUCCCAGCUGCCACGUCCCUUGCUCAGCUGAGAGCUCUCAGCACACCUAAGGCCUGUCCUUGCGUGUUCCAGAGGAGCAUCCAAGAGAUCCAGCACGUUGCUGUGCUCUCCAGGCAGCCGAGAUGGGACGGGAGCCCAGCUGUCCCAAGGGCUGCCCUGCCCCUGCUCCACCUUCCUGCCUUCAGGCUCAAACCAGUAAGAAAGCUCAGGUGAGCGAUACACUAAAAACUUCCAGGCAUGAAGCUGAGGCUGAAGCAUAGCUGGCUCAGAGCCUGGGCUUGGUGGAGCAUGUGUUCUCUGCCCAGAUGUGCCAGGCUGCCCUCUGAGAGUUUAUAACCCUCUUCCAUGGAUUAAUUUCAUGGAUUAUUUCCAGUAACAUGGCUCAGAAGGUACCCUUCCAACUUCCAGUUGCUGCCUUGCAGAGUAUUCACUGGGACCCUGAGGCCAUGGGGACCUUUGUCUGGGGCAGGGGUGUUUUUGGGAUGAGCACAGUGCAGGGGCAAACUUCCCUAUGGAUCUUGUGAAGGGAGGGCAGCCAAUGCACAUAAAUGCACAUAAAAAGACAGCUGCAUUGCCCAAUUUCCUCUAUCUAAAAAUGGUUGAAUUUUCACCCUCCAUCUUAAACAGUCAAAAAGAAAACAGGAACUGCAAGGGCCCUGGCAGGCUUUUUUUUUUCCCUUAAUCGAACUGGAUUUAAAAAAAA